AUGAUAUAAUAGAUUAAACAUUACAAAGAAUUAUAAGAGUUUUUAAACUCUUCGCUUUUAUCUCAUUAGGAACUCCAUAUUGAUCUGAUUGGCAAUAAAAUUGGUGAAAUGGGUGCAUCAGGCUUAGGUUCUGCUUUAGCAAAUUGCAUUAAUCUCUCAAAUCUGACACUUAAUCUUCGUAGCAAUAAAAUUGGUGCAAAGGGUGUAUCAGAUUUAGGUUCUGCUUUAGCAAAUUGCAUUAAUCUCUCAUAUUUGACACUUGAGCUUUAUUACAAUUAAAUUGGUUCAAUGGGUGCAUCAGGCUUAGGUUUUGCUUUAGCAAAUUGCAUUAAUCUCUCAAAUUUAACACUUCAUCUUCGUGACAAUUAAAUUGGUGAUGAAGGUUCAUCAGGCUUAGGUUCUGGUUUAGCAAAUUGCAUUAAUCUCUCAAAUUUGACACUUGGUCUUGGUCGUAACAAAAUUGGUGCAAUUGGUGCAUCACGUUUAGGUUCUGCUUUAGCAAAUUGCAUUAAUCUCUCAAAUUUGAAAAUUGAUCUUCUUGACAACUAAAUUGGUGAUGAAGGUGCAUCAGGCUUAAGUUCUGCUUUAGCAAAUUGCAUUAAUCUCUCAAAUUUGACACUUGGUCUAGGUUACAAUUAAAUUGGUCCAAUGGGUGCAUCAGGUUUAGGUUCUGCUUUAGCAAAUUGCAUGAAUCUCUCAAAUUUGACACUUCUACUUCGUGACAAUCACAUUGGUGAUGAAGGUGCCUCAGGCUUAGGCUCUGCUUUAUCAAAUUGCAUUAAUCUCUCUAAUUUGACACUUAGUCUUGGUCGUAAUAAAAUUGGUGCAAUUGGUACAUCAGGUUUAGGUUCUGCUUUAGUAAAUUGCAUUAAUCUCUCAAAUUUGACACUUGAUCUUGGUGAUAAUUAAAUUGGUGAUGAAGGUUCCUCAGGUUUAGGCUCUGCUUUAGCAAAUUGCAUUAAUCUCUCAAAUUUGACACUAGAGCUUUAAAGUUUUAACUUAAGUGAAUCACAAUCAUUCAAAGUAAAAAGCAAGUGUCUUAAAUCAAAAAGAUUAGUUGCAUUUGAAAAUAAUUUCUGA